AUGCGGCUCCUCUCUAGCUGCUGGGCGUCCAGGCUGCUGCUCGUGGCGGCGCCCAGGCUCUCAUCGCGGUGGCGUCUCUCGUGCGGAGCACAGGCCCCAGAGCGCAAACGCAGUGACUGUGGCACGCAGGGUAACGUGAUGACCUCUGGUGCAAUUGAUGCAGGCAGAGGUUGUUCUGGCCGCCGGGUGGGUCGCAUCUUGGAGGAGAGCUACAAGCUGCCGCAGGGCCCAGAGGACAGCGAGGCCUUCCUUCAGCGCCUCCGGGUGCUCGCGGCUCUAGCACGGAAACUGUGUACACGGGACGAGCCGCCUGGCGCACGGGGGCCAGCCGAGCCGACCCUGCCUCGCCGGGUGAACUUGGCUGCUCGGGGGCCCUCCGCCCAAACCACAGCUGCCUGUCUUUUGUCUGCGGCACCUCGUCACCAAUCUGGGGCUUCGAGCCACGUGCAGGCCAAGCAGCUGCUUCCCAUUACCUGCUCGUCCCCUUUCAGCAGCCCGUGGUGA